UUUUUAACUCAGAUAAAAUCCCUCAGCCACUGUCAAUAUAAUCUGUAGACUGUCAAUACUGUCUCAUUGUUCUUUUAGCUAGAAGAUUUUUUUUUCCAUUUCACCUCUGUACCUUUGUGUGUUUGGCUAGAUAUUUUCAUCAUGUUGCUGACUUUAGUGCAAUCUUUCCUGCCUAGUUCUGGGAUGUGACAAAGCAGGAAGCUUUGGGGCAGCUGUGGGAGUGCACUCUUGGACAAGUUAGAAAUGAAUGAGGGGUGUUUUCUAGCCAUGCAAGACCAAUUUGCUCAGGAUAGGUUGGGAACGAGACUGACUGCAGGAAGCUAAAAAUGAUUUUCCUGCUCUCAAGUCGUCUUGAAAGAGAAAGAAGGUGGGUUUUGCCUGCACAGGAAUGUACAAGAGAUUAAGUGGUUAGAGCCCUGCGCAAAUCCUGCUGCUGUGACUUCUAGCCACCUCUUCCUAGGCAGCUUCCUGCCUUUUGCUGUGUGACUGGUGGAGUUAUUUCCUGCUGGCUGUGCCCCGGCAGUCUCUGAUAUUGCUUUGCACUGGGGAACAGCCUCCCAUUGGGAGAAUAUCCACCCAGCUGUAUGUGGUGCAGUUCAAGUGCAGUGGAUUUUGCCUCCAAGACUGACACCUUCUCGGGUCGUACUGAGGUGCCUCUGCCAGGACUGAGAAGCUCUGCCACUGUCCAUGCAUGUUGUGGCCUCCACAUCUGUAUUGUGUCCCUUCUCUUCGGACUAGUGAGACUGAAAAAUUUUUGGUGAGACAAACUGUCUUCUCCUGCAAGUCUUUGCUAUGCUCAGAGCAAAGAGGGCUCCUGGAACUGCUAUACGAAUGACAACAAUAAAAUAACAGAACAAACUAGAGAUAACAGCACAAUAGAGGAUUGCUUUUGCUGUUGUUGUGGUUGUUGUUAUUAUUAGACAGCAUCUGGAGUACUGUGACCAGAUUUUGGCAACUCAGUACAAGGAUGAAAGCAAACUGUGAUUAGUCCAGAGCAAGACCACAAAGACUGUUGAAGGCUGGAGAACAUGACAUACAAGGAGAUGCCUUUAUACAUAAAGGAAAAUUUUCUCACCAUGAGACUGGUGCAGGACCAGAGAGGUUAUCUUCCAGAUCUUCCCAACUUAUCUGGACAAGAUGUCAUCAUCACACGCCGCUUGAGAGACCGGGAGUUGCUCCGGAAAAGAAAAGCUGAAGCCCAGGAGAAAGAUUCAAUUCAGUGGGUUCUGGGGGAGCAGGAGAAGAGCAAACGGCAAAAGAGGAGCAGAGGAGCAGGGAGAGGACGAGGCCGCCAGUCAGUUACAGAGCCCAAAACGGAGCCCAACCCGGAGCCAGAUCAUCAGCCUGAAGUGCUGGAGGAAAAUGAGCAGGCACCAGCUGAGCUGGCAGCACCUGCACCAGCGUGUCAAGCCCCACCAAUGAUGCUGACCUCUCAGGAGCUCUUUGGUGAGACCUCUCCAGGAGCUGUGGAAGGGAAGCUAGCAGACGGGAGUCAGCUUCCAGUGGGUGAAGAGGCAGUCCUGAAACCAGCCGACGCAGAAAUACCAGAGGCUUUGAAUAUUCCUCUGGAAAAUGACAACGAGGAUAAUGAAUACUACACGCCAGUUCUAUUUUAAUUUUUUGUUUUGUCUUUUGUCUGAUAAACUCAAGCACUGUAGAGUGAUUUAGAUCAGCUAUUUCCAUAUGAGUAAUAAAACCCAACUAUCCUGACAA